AUGGGGCUGUUAUUUCGCAUGUCAAGGUGCACACACGGGGGGCAUUUAACCCCACUUAAACUCACACACCCGAGGAUGCUGUGGCUGGAACACCGGCUCACCUUUGCCACCGUCUACCGGAGGAGGAGACAGUCCACCGGGGCAAAGUCGUUCGUCCAUCCGACCCCCGCCUUCUCUCCUCGGCCCUUCAUGUCCGUCUUGCCCUGCAAAGGUCUCUCUAUUUUCUGUCCACGCACUCAGAGUGGCCGAGCACGGACAAUCGCUCACACACCUGUUGCCUUUGCCAGCUCUUCAGCAGCGACCUCCAAACCUACACCAGCCACCACGACACUCAAGAUCCAGACGGACGCAGAGAGAGAUCAGUCACCCACCACCGUCUCUUUUAAAGAUGUUAAAAGGAUUUUACAGCUUGCUUAUCCGGAGAGAUGGAGACUGGCAGGUAAUCAUAUCUUGCAUUUGUUUUGUGUUUCCUGAUAGUGGAUCUCCUACCCUCUACAUACUCUCUACUGUGUCAUUUGAGGACAGCUUAGUGUUUGAAACCCGCGUCUUCCACUACAUGGGCCUAUUUGUGCUGUUUUUAGAUGUGUUUAUUAAGUAUGAUUGUGACCUGAUUUGAGCUUGUUUUGAAACAAGCAAAUACUUAGUGAUAAUGAGUAGUCCAGUGCAGACAUUUUGACUUCAGUUUUGAAAAAAAAAAAACACUACAAAAGAAUAUUGUGAGAUACUUUAUUACACCAAUACAACAGAAAUCUCGAGACACACCAUAUUGGAGACUAUGUAGGGAGAAUAAGGCCAAUCAUUUUUAUAUUGAGGAUGCUCUGGUGUUAUACCUUAUUGGAAGGAGAUAAAGAAGACUAUGGAAAAAAAAUUUGAAAGUGCAACUUCCACUUACAUUUGAAGUCUUAUAUUUGGGAAAAGAGAACCAGGAGAUAACAAGGUCAGGAGAAAAAUACAUAUUUCGAAUAAUGUUGGUGGCGGCCAGAAAUCACCAGAAAUUGGCUAAAAACAGAUGCACCAAAAAUAGAGAAUUAGGUAGAGGUAAUGAUCAAUAUACAGGAAUGGAGAAGCUGACUUCCUCGUCAAGACUAAAAACAGAUACUUUCAAAAAUUACCGGAAAAACUGGGUUGAUUUUUUGUCUCAAUUGAGAGCAAACUUUGUGCAGCAAAGGCAUUGUGUAUUAUAGACUAUUGAUACCCUUGGUUCAGGCGACAAACUUGUUCAUUGUUCAUAUGUUUAUUAUGUUUACCCUCCAACAGAAGAAAAGAGACAAUGCAAGAGAGGUAUGAAAAUAAGGACUUGAGGAAAGAAGUGUUUAAUUUUACUACACGGUUAUUCUACUGUAACUUUAUUUAAGAAGUUUAUGUCUAAAUAUGACUCUGCUCUGCAGUGGAGAAAUAUUAUAUACAGUUGGAAAUUUGUUCAAUAUCUGUAAAAUGUUGAUGGAAUGUUGAUAUGUGAAAUCAAUAAAAAAGAAAAUUUUAAAAAUGGCAGAAAAAAUACUGCAAGCACAAUAACUCCAUUUUUCUCCAUUAGUCUGUUCUCAUUCAGUGUUUUUGAAAGGUUUAGCCCAGGUUUAACUUCAACCUGUAAUGUAUUUUAAGUGUAUCAUUUGUUUUGAUCUGAUGUUUCUUUGUUUUUGUUUCCCCAGCUGCUGUUGGCUUCCUCGCUGUCUCCAGUGCUGUAACCAUGUCUGCUCCGUUUUUCCUGGGUAAAGUGAUUGACACCAUCUGCACCACCGGGACAGACACAGAGACCAUGACAGCGUCCUUGACAUCAUUAUGCAUCAUGCUCACAGGAGUGUUCUUGUGUGGCGGCGCAGCCAAUGCUGCUCGAAUCUACCUCAUGCAGAUCUCAGGUUAGAAAAGUGCAUAAAUGAACUCUCCACACAUACAGACACACAGGCACCGACAUGCUCAUGUCUGCAUUUACGAGGGACCUUUUCAUACCUCUGUUUUCUCUGUUAAAGAAAGCAUACGGCAGAAAGCAGAAAGUUUGGAAACGUUUUGGCCUUCUUGAACACUUAAGGAUGAUUAAUCCAAAGUAAAAGCCUGGAUGUGGCUGCUUUAGUCCAGCAUAGUUUUAGUGAGAGGAGACAACAGCUGGUCUUUCUUUAUACGCUUAAGAAUCAUCUUGUUUGUUUAAUCUGUUCACAUGCAGAGGAGUGCAAACAUUUUAAGGCUUUUAUAAUGUCUUUAGUAGCCAGCAGACAGGUGCAGUGACUUCCUGGUAACCUUACAACAGGGACUUUUCUGUUUUGGACCAGAUUAUUAAACUUGGCAAGCAAAUUUUAUUGUAAGUUGGCUUUAUGAAUAUGCUGUUCAACCUUGGGUAAAGUGAAGCAAGGUUUUUGAUUUCAUACUUCUGUCUUACUUAAAAGAAGGUCUUUGAACAUUUAGAAAUUUACCCACUUACUGUCAUUUUUGAAUUACUUAAUGCAUCAUUAACUUGAAAGCCCACGUAACAUAGUUUUUUACUUAAAUGACAUAGAAUAAAAUUUAUUUUCAUGCUGUUUAAUAAUUUACAACAGCAAAUAAGACCAGCAGUAACAAGACUGAGGAUUUUUAAAACUCUAACUUUAUUCAAGGGGGUAGGUCCAAGCGUUGCAGCUGACGGCACAGCCCUGUUCUUACAGUCUCCACAGAUUCUUCCCUUUAUUAUAAUGGUUUCCCUAUAUCUUUUCACUCUCCAGGCCAGCAGAUUGUUCGUGAUCUCCGUGCCUCCGUCUUCUCCUCCAUCCUCAAACAGGAGGUGGCGUUUUUUGACGGGAAUAGGACGGGAGAGCUCAUCAACCGCCUCUCUGCUGACACGGCUGUGGUGGGAGACUCCGUCACGAACAAUCUGUCGGACGGUCUGCGGGCUGUAGCCCAGGGGGUUGCUGGUGUCAGUAUGAUGGUACGAUGUCUUUUAGAGUGGUUUGUUUUAAAAAAGAAAAAACAGGUACAGUAAUUUUGCACUGACAUGAGAUAAAUAUGUGUAGGUAUUAGGUUAUUCAUGGAUCUAAAAUACUUUUGAGGCGCACGUUAAAUGACAUCCUUUCAUUGCUUGAAUGACGUCUGUUUUUCAAAAACCACCUCAGUCAUUUACCAACAGGGUGAAGAGUCUGCAUGUAUUGGUUUGCACAAGGAAGUAAUUCUGUUGGUAUGCCGUUUCCUUGCUUGUGACUGUUCGCAGAAUCCAGGAAGUUGGAAAACAGGUUUACUCAAGUACCUCAGAUCAAUUCAAAGAAAAGGGAAGAUUGGGUUGCUCCACCCUAACCAAUCUCUUGUAAACACUGUGAGCAAAACACAAUUUAUGUGAGGAAAAGGUCACUCAUAAUCAGCUUUGACCAACACGUCUCUAAACUGAUAGUUGUGUGCUGAGCUUAUUAUCUCCAAAAAACUUAUCUAGCUGCUUGCUGACAUUGUUCUUCACUGUUUUAUUGACCCUGUAAUGUUCCAAUAUUCAUGCAUUACAGAUUUUUCGCCAAGCAGUUUCAUAAACUAGGCAAUUCUACCUUUUUCUUUUUCCUGAUUACAUCUUUCAUGGAUCAGUAAAUCAUAAAACACAACUCAUUCUUACAUAAGCAGUCUAAGUCUUUACAAGAAAGUGAAGCGAUUUCCUGGUGUAGUGGGUGUUGAAGGAAACAAAUGAAGAUAAUUAGUGUAAUUACAGUUAAGAGAGAUUUGGUGUUAACUGCCCAUGUUUUAUUGUUGUCUACCUCCUGCUUCUCUCUUCUCUUGUCUGUUAUUUCAGCUGAUUACUGUUUUUCUCCCUGUUCUUUUCUAGUUCUACAUCUCGCCCAGUCUGGCGAAGUUUGUGUUGCUGAUUGUUCCUCCACUGGCUGCACUUGCUGUUGUCUACGGCAGAUACCUUCGCUCAGUCUCAAAGCGCACGCAGGAUGCUCUUGCACAAGCCACACAGGUGCAGUAAACUGUUUAUUCCUUUGGUGAUACUUUGAUCUGCAGUAGCGCCUGUCAAGGCUCAAUAAAAUUUUUAGAUGGAGUAAACUAGCUGCACUGAUAACAUGUUUCCAACAGAUGAAUUAACAAUAAAAUGGUUUGUGUGUUGGUGCAGUUUGCAGAGGAGCGCAUAAGCAACUUACGUACGGUCAGAGCGUUCGGUAAAGAGCUGUCUGAGGUCAACUUAUACACACAGAAGACAGACAAAGUUUUUAACCUGGGCAGAAGGGAGGCUUUUCUACGAGCCGGGUUCUACGGAUUGGUAAGUGUGUCUUGUUGUGUGUGUGUGUGUGUGUGUGUGUGUGUGUGUGUGUGUGUGUGUGUGUGUGUGUGUGUGUGUGUGUGUGUGUGUGGGUGUGUGUGAGAGAGAGUGAGUGUGUGUCAUGUCAGUGAUGCAAAUGAAAACCGCUGUUAAGAAAGCGUUACACCAAGACUUCUGCUUUCAUGCAGCUGUAAUUUUAAGCUGGUUUGUUUCAGGUCAGUACUACAGAUGCUGUCAUUCUAUUCAUAAAGGAUGUUUUCUCACUGAAUGAAAGUAUUACUAAAUCCCUCAUCAGGUCAGAGAAUAAAUGAACUAAUAUGUAUGCUGAAAACGGCUAUGAAGGUGCUUCAGUGAUUGAACGACAGAACUUUUCAAGUGUAACAGCUUUUAAAUGGAUUAGCCUCUUCAUAUCGGUGACACAGUUUGAAUAAGUGUUUGCACUUCCUCUGCUUUAUGUUGUUUUUGAUAACAAAAAUCUAAAGUUUUAAUUCAACAGCAACCUUCAGACUUAAAUUUGACCAUUAAAUGCUAUCAACAGUGCCAGCAAAAGUGAAUACCCCUCAUGGUAUGGAAUUGUAGAUAAAUUUAUCAAAUAUAUCAUUGUGAAGAUGCUGUAUUGAAUAAAAUUUUAGAAUAAAAGUCUCUAAUAAACUGGAAACUGGGUGUGAACAAAGAAACUGAAAGUGUGAAAGUGAUAACACGUAAAUAAUGUUCAAACUGUCCACUGCACAAAGAGAGGGGUUUGUUGCAGUUGGCAUUUCUAGCAGCUACCAAAGAGACUGUAAUUACCAGAGCUGCGUCAGGAGGAAGUCAUGUCAGAUGUUAGUUUUAAUCUAAUUAUUGGGUGGUGUGUGUCUGUGUGUGUUUCAGACUGGCCUCGGUGGAAACAUAAUGAUCCUGUCAGUGUUGUACAACGGAGGUCUCAUGAUGGCCAGUCAGCACAUGACUGCCGGAGAGCUCUCGUCCUUCCUCAUGUACGCCUUCUGGGUGGGCAUGAGUGUCUCAGGUAACACGUGCUUUCCUCAUUUCCUUAUCCGUAUUCUCUGUAUCACUGUGCGCUCUGUGUGAGAUGGGUCAUGGUUUCUCUGCUUGAUGUGCAGGUAUAAGCUCAUUCUACUCAGAGCUGAUGAAGGGAUUUGGAGCAGGAUCCAGGCUGUGGGAGCUGCUGGACAGAAAGCCUGAUUUUCCUCUUAAUGGUGAGUGCAAACCCUUUCACUUGUACUCCCUUUUGUGUUGUUAAGCUGACAGGUAAAGGUGUUGAAAAUAUGAGUAUAUUUCAGUGGGUGCUGUGUUUCAAUAUGUUUCAGUUACAAAGGUGACUGCAACUGUAAUGGCACCACAGUCCACAGGAUAUAUAUUUAUUCACAUUGCUUUAUAUUUCCUUAUUAAAAGUUGGCUACAUCAUGCUACUGCUGUUUAUUUUUGUACUAAAUGAUGAAAGUAUAAAAAUUUGUCAGCGGAACAGCCUCUCUCUUAUUUGCAAAGAGGUUGAUGAUAGAAAGCUACAAAUGCACUGCAUCAAACUCAAAAUGUGCUAAAAACAGUCAGCAGUUCAGUGAUAAAUGAAGAUGAACUCCCCCUUGGAGUGAAACGUUGACAGAUGUAGAAAUAAACACACCAGAAGCUAAUUCUGAAAAGACACUGGUGAAGAUGAAUUCAUAAAAUAGCAUGAAAAGAUUUUAUGUUCAAAAUGUCCUCAGGAAGGACCUUCAGACCCUCAUUCAUUAUGUCUUCUCACCCAGUGGGCCAUCAUUAAACUAAAACCAGUUAUUGAUUGGCAUUUAUGAAAGAGAAGAAGAAGAAGCUUAAGAUGCAGAUGCUACACUUUAUCAUAUCUUGUGGGGUGCAGUUAGAUCAGCAGCGUCACUAGUUCAUCUUCACGCUAUGACUCUUCUCUUUCACACAUCACACAUUUCUUUCACAUUUUCUGCCUCUCUUCAACUUGCCUAACUUCAUGUGCUUUGUAUAUUUUCCUGAUUUUUCCUUUGACAAUCACAACCCUGAGAAUUGCUAUGCUUUACCUUCUUCCUCAUUCAUUUAAAGUUUCUGCUGAUUCCCAAAUCUUAUUCCAGAAUCAAGUCCAUCCAAAGACCAACUUAUUGACUUUUCUGUCUCCUUGUCCCUCCUGCUCUGCUCCUCUACAGAGGGCCUGGUACUUCCUGUAGACCAGUUUAAGGGUCAGCUGGAUUUCUGCGAUGUGUCCUUUGCUUACCCGACUCGUAAGGAAGCUCCUAUUUUCCAGAACCUCAGUCUAGAGGUCCCAGCUGGUUCCAUCAUGGCUGUCGUAGGACCCAGUGGGUCUGGAAAGUCAAGCCUAGUGUCACUGCUACUCAGACUAUAUGACCCAGAUGCUGGUGAGUGCUAGCUAGUUUUUACUCUUCCUUUCUGAGUUAAAUCAGCUGCUGAAUAAGAUAUCCAAGAAUUUACUCAUAAAGGAGUUGUUAAACCUCUGAGAAAAACCUCUUUCCUACAGGUGUCAUCACUGUAGACGGCCAUGAUAUCAGAGAUCUAAAUCCUCAUUGGCUUAGGAGUCAUAUUGGAACUGUCAGCCAGGUAACAAGUGAAUCUUUUCUUCCUCAUGAAACACAUAAACUGAGCAGCCAAAGAAUAACAUCAUCUCUAUUUCUGUCGGAUAUGAAAAUAACUGAAAUUCAGUUAUUUUGUGGUUAGUGUCACUACACAUCAUGCUACACUGAUUUCUACUGAUUUAGUCGGAUAAUGUUGGGUCAACCCUUUCAUGAUACACAGGUAUCACAAAACACAGGGGUAAGGUUAAAUGGUAGGAACAACGGGUGUACUAGGAUUGUGCCCAAGACAUGAACUCAACAAAGUCAGCAAAGUGAUAGGAGGAACCACUGUGUCCACGGAGGAGCUCGUAAAUCUAGGCAAACUGAAAUUCCCUCCUGAGGGCUAUAACUGUACAAAUUGUAGGCCUUUGUCUUAAGACUCUCUGUCCUUAAUGAGGAUGUCUCUUUUUUUUAACCCCUCUCUCACAGGAGCCAGUGCUGUUUUCCUGCUCUAUCAGAGACAAUAUAGCAUACGGGGCAGUGGACCCAGACAGUGUGACCACAGAGGACAUCUACAGGGCUGCCAGAGUUGCUAACGCCUAUACCUUUGUCCAGGAUUUUCCUCAAGGCUUUGACACCCUGGUGGGAGAGAAAGGAAUGCUCCUCUCAGGUCAGACAUGAAGUCAGACUUGUUACUUUCAUAUCAAUAUCUGCAUCUACUCUGCAGGGUAAAAAACACUGAGGCAUAAUGGUGUAGAAAACCACAUCUGGCUCUGUGUUCUGAGGGGUGAUUGGGAUGUUUUCCAUCAGGGCGUGUGUGUGGUGUGCACGUACAUAUGUAGAGCUCCUUCUGUGUGUUAAAAUGUUGUGCUUCACUUGUUUUUAUGCUACAGAAAUGAUUUGCUUACUCAGCUAAUUGUCAGAGUAACAAACAUUGUAGAUAACGUCUUAGAGGCACAGUAGAAGGCUAAAAAUAAAAAAGCGUGUCAUAAUUUUGGUCAUAUAGCAGAGUAAUAGUCAGUUGUUGUCUGUGUUUGUCACUGAAUGACUCCUGUGUUGGUUUGUCAGGUGGUCAGAAGCAGAGGAUAGCCAUAGCCAGAGCCCUGCUCAAGGUAAGUUCAACACCAUGGCCGAUAAAUGUGUUUGUUUUAUUAGUUUUUUUAUUACCCCCUAUUUCACUCUAAAUAAUUGUGUUAAAAUCCUUUUUUCCUUCUUCUGUAGAAUCCAAAGAUCCUGCUUUUGGAUGAAGCUACCAGGUGAGAGGGACUAUAAUAUAGUAAGAUUUAGCGUUGUACCUUUCCCAUGCUUUUGCGACCUACAUCUAGUUUUUCUUUAUUUACUUCACUUUGAGAUUCACUUGAGAGAUAUGUUUCAACUCAUUUUUAUUUGAAGAGGAAAAUACUGAACAAUCAUGUUUCCACAGCGCAUUAGAUGCUGAGAACGAGUUCGCAGUCCAGGAGGCUUUGGAGCGUCUGAUGAAAGGUGAACAUCACCUGCUUUAUAAAGAAUACACCUCAAGUUCAGUGAUCUUUCUUUUUGCUUCUCUGUAUUUAUUAUUUCUUUUCCACAUUAUCAACAGGGAGGACAGUUAUAAUCAUAGCUCAUCGCCUGUCAACCAUCCAGAAUGCCAACGCUGUAGCUGUACUAGAUCAGCAGCGUAUAGCAGAGUGUGGCCAGCACACAGAGCUGCUCAGUAACAGGAACGGACUGUUCAGAAAACUGAUGGAGAAACAGGCGUUUCUACAAGAAGAACAGAAACGAGCGCUGAACUGA